GAUAAAGCAUGUGUUUAGUGUUGCUCGUCAACUCUCCAACACAGCAAAGAGAUCUGAGGUAGAAUGUAAGAACACUACGCUCUUUGCAGAUGAGUACGCCCUGGGCGUGAGAAGUGGUGAAUUGGCCCACGACCAUCUCGCUCUUGCGCGUUUUCUCGCCACUCGAUUAGUAGCUUUCGGUGACAAUUUCCUUGUCUUUGACAAACCCGCUAAUCUCUCUGUUUGGGGCCAUGCCCGCUCCAAGAGUGCGUCAUAUUCUGCAGAUGAUAAUUCCACAGAAUCAGUAAAUCCUCUCAGUAUUAGAGAAUGUUUGCCCCAUUUGAGAACAGUGCUCGCCGAUGAAUACGGAAUUUGGCCCUCUAGUGAAACUCCCAGCCUGCCCAAGUCUCUAAGUCACUGCACCGUUCUGGUGGGACAUAGACCCACUCCUCUGGAAAACUGGAGACCACCAACGGAGCUGUUUAUCGUGGAGGCCUUGCCGGCAGCUUAUUCAGGCUUGAUCUUAUUGUCUCCGUCCAAGGACUACACUGAACUCGCCCAAACCUUCUACGCGGACGCUUCUCGCAAUUGUUUCCCGGGCUCAAUGUAUCAGACGUUCCUCGCUGCCUGCUGGGGACAGCCUUCUCGCCAGCGUGUUGAAAAUGAACGGGUUCCAAUAAGUAUCUACAAAGCCUCUGACUCCGUUUCUGUGAGCUAUCGACCAACCGCUGAUAAGAUUUCAGGAGUAGCGCAGAAAAGAGGAAGGUUAAUGUACAAACGCUUAAGCCAUCGCAUUAUAUCUCGCAGUUCGUCUGGAGACAAUGGCUGCCUUGUCGAGGUCAAGUGUAACAGUUGUUACGCGGGUGCACCUGAAAUGUACCUCGUGCACGAGGGCUGCGAAGUGAUUGGGGAAGUCCUCCAGGCAUCACGUUUGGUGAUCUCAGGUGGCACACCAAUGGUGCUACCACCUGCCAUGGCCCGUCUCGGGGCCCCACUUCCUGCUGAUUUGGUGAGAGCUCUGGGCGGGGGAAAGCUUCAACGAGCGAUGAUUCCGACUCACAUUCACCGCACUGAACUUCUCUUGCCCUUUCCACUGCGGUUCGGACCCGAGCAUCGUUUUUCCCGCAGAGUCAAAGCACCCAGGGGACGCCUGGUCAAUGCGGGCGGUGGCGUGCCGUUGCUGUCGUGGAAGUCCUUUCCGGUUAGCGAGAAAGCGAACGUGCUGUUCCUAUCAGCACUUUCGCCCUCCCUGCCCAGCUACUUUACUAGAACUUUGGGUAAAAUCGGUCUUGAUUCAACGUAUCCGUAUGCAGCACCAGAGGCGAUCAGCUGCCAAUAA